UAUUGUGUUGAAUGAGUUGCAAAAGGGUAUACCGUAUAGGAGACUUUAGCAGAAAAGUGAGUGAUCGGCACUGGGAGGAUCCAUCGAGAGAGAUGUGGGUGUUUUACCUGAUCUCUUUGCCCCUCACAGUGGGUAUGGUACUAUUCACGCUCAGAUACUACGCUGCCCCACACGUCCCUCGCUACGUGCUUCUCACCGUUGGAUACACCUGGCUCUCUUCCCUCUCCAUCAUCAUCCUCGUCCCCGCCGACAUUUGGACGACAAUAUCUUCCAACCAUGAUAACGGAGGCAUUUCCUUCUUUUGGAGCUGGUCAUAUUGGAGUACGUUUUUGCUUACAUGGGCUGUUGUGCCCCUUAUUCAGGGUUUUGAAGAUGCUGGGGACUUCACUGUUUCAGAAAGAUUGAAGACUAGUUUACAUGUUAACUUGAUCUUUUAUCUAAUUGUGGGAUCCAUUGGCCUUUUUGGAUUCAUUCUUCUCAUUAUGAUGCAUAAGCGCUGGAGUGGAAGUCUUUUGGGAUUAGCCAUGGCCUGCUCAAAUACUUUUGGACUUGUUACUGGUGCAUUUCUUCUUGGCUUUGGUUUAAGCGAAAUUCCCAAAAGCAUUUGGAGAAAUGCUGACUGGACAACCCGCCAGAAAGUUCUUUCCCACAAAAUUGCUAAAAUGGCUGUUAGGCUUGAUGAUGCUCACCAAGAACUUUCAAAUGCUAUUGUGGUUGCUCAAGACACAUCUAACCAGAUGUCCAGGCGUGAUCCUCUGAGAUGUUACAUGGAUGUAAUUGAUGAUAUGCUAACUCAAAUGUUUAGGGAAGAUCCAUCCUUCAAACCACAAGGUGGCCGACUAGGAGAAAGCGACAUUGAUUAUGAUACUGACGAGAAGUCAAUGGCAACACUAAGACGUCAUCUUCGAGGAGCUACUGAGGAGUACUACAGGUAUAAAAGUGUGUAUAUGACUUACGUGUUAGAAGCCCUUCAAUUGGAAGACAAGAUAAAGAAUUAUGAACGCCGCAACUCAACUGGAUGGAAAUAUAUUUCAAGCUUUAGACCUGCUCGGACUGGCAAGUUUGGGUUUUUAUGUGACACUUUAGAAUUUUUCUGGCAAUGCAUUUUAAGAAAGCAAGUUCAGAAAGGCUUGGCUGUUAUACUUGGUGUCAUGUCUGUUACAAUUCUUUUAGCUGAGGCAACUCUUCUACCUAGUGUUGAUCUAUCACUUUUCUCGAUUCUUAUAAAAUCUGUUGGAACACAGGAGGUGCUUGUGCAGGUACUUGCUUUUGUUCCUCUCAUGUAUAUGUGCAUCUGCACGUAUUACUCCUUGUUCAAAAUUGGAACAUUGGUGUUUUACUCAUUGACACCCCGACAGACCAGCUCAGUUAGCUUGCUUAUGAUAUGCUCUAUGAUUGCUCGAUAUGCUCCCCCCAUCUCAUACAACUUCCUCAAUCUUAUUCGCCUUGGUUCUGAUAAAACAACUAUAUUUGAACAGCGAAUGGGGAACAUUGAUAAUGCUGUCCCUUUCUUUGGAGAUAAGUUUAACAGAAUCUAUCCACUUAUUAUGGUUAUAUACACCCUUUUGGUUGCAAGCAAUUUCUUUGAUAGGGUAUUUGAUUCUCUUGGGAGCUGGAAGAGAUAUGUUUUCGAAACUGAAACUGAAGAUAUGGAUGGUUUUGAUCCAUCAGGGUUAAUUAUCUUGCAGAAAGAAAGAUAUUGGCUUGAGCAAGGAGGCAAUGUAGGCGAGCAAGUUGUUCCACUAGUGAGGAAUUUUAAUGGAAUUGAUGUUGAAUCUAGUGACAAUAUUAUGGUGAAGAAUGGUGUUGAAAUGAAGGGAAAUUCUGCUUUAGUUAAUAAAGAAACAGAUGGAAAUCUGCCUAAAACUUUGAAGGAAGAGACAAGGAGAUAUAGCUCAAGCAGGGAAGCCAUCAGCAGCAAGUAUGCUGCUGUCAGACAGCAGAGUGAAUUAACAUCUGCGAAGGUUUCCUUGCUUGAUCACGGCAAUGCUCAUUCUAGUAAUGCUGCUGGAACUUCAGGCUUGGCUUUGACAUGGCAAACAAUGACAACAGGUUUUCGGAGUUUUGGGGCUAACUUAGGGGGAAAAGGAUUUUUGCCCAUACGGCAAACACAGGAAGCUAAGAUGUCUCGUGUGUCCUCAUCUGAGUCCCUUGAUGAUAUAUUUCAAAGACUGAAACGGCCUGCAUUGGACCAAAAUAUUGACAAUGACAAGGAUAAUUUGAAGAGGGGCAAUAUUUCUGGUCCUUCUAGAUGAUAUCCAUAAUUUGGUCGAAAAGUUGCAAAGUGUUCUAUAAUUGAUCAUGCAAAAACAUAGUAUCAUGUACAGUUUCUUGUUUCCUUUGGUAGUUUAUACCAAAUGCAUUUUAAAGAUAGAUAGAUAGAGAGUCUUUGAUACAGGAACUCAUACUCGUUACAAAUGAAUCUCACAUCAAGUGUAGAUGAUCCAUAGAAAGAAUACUUAAAAUUGCACCGUUAUACAGCAUUCAGAUAUUUGUUCUGUUUUGAUUCA